AUGGCCGCAACAGAUCAAUGGCAGAUGCUUCAUUUCUUCCUAAGGGUGUCGCCUGAUGACCUGGGGGAAAUUUCCGAGGUCGUAAAGCUCGUCAAACAGAAGCGGACGAAAGAGAUUGCAGCUUCGAAGAAUGCUGCUCCCAGCCCAGGACAGGCUCCGCAGAAAAACAGACUCGCCGGCACCCGCGCGGGCAUUAUCCAAUGCCUUUCAGAAGAAUGA